AUGUUCUUAAAGCGGCCGGCGGGCGGCCUCGCCUUCUGCCUCUUCUACGUGGCCUCCUGCUUCACCAACAAGUAUGUCCUGUCUGUCCUGAAAUUUACCUACCCUACCCUUUUUCAAGGAUGGCAAACCUUAGUUGGUGGACUGCUGCUUCAUGCCUCCUGGAAGCUGGGGUGGGUGGAGAUAAGCUUGGCUUCAAGGUCUGACAUCCUGUCGUGGCUUCCUGCGUCAGCGCUUUUUGUGGGCAUUAUUUAUGCUGGCUCCAGAGCCCUGUCCAGAUUGCCAAUUCCAGUGUUCCUUACAGUCCACAAUGCGGCUGAAGUUAUAACCUGUGGCUUCCAGAAGUUUGUGCAGAAAGAGCAGACUUCCCUUUUGAAAGUCUGCAGUGCGUUGUGCCUCCUGGGAGCAGCCGUGUGCCUUCCUUUAUGUGACACACAGUUUGAUCCAAACGGUUAUUUGUGGGCUUUUAUUCACUUGAUCUGUCUCGGGGCUUACAAAGUAUUUCACAAGUUAUGGAAACCUUGCUCUCUAAGUGACCUGGACCAGCAGUACAUCAACUAUGUAUUCAGUGUGGUACUGUUGGCCUCUGCAUCCCAUCCAGCAGGUGAUCUCCUCAGUGCCUUGGACUUCCCAUUCCUCUACUUCUACAGAUUCCAUAGCAGCUGCUGUGCCAGUGGACUGUUGGGAUUCUUUUUGAUGUGGCACACAGCAAAACUUAAAAGCAGCACAACCUCAGGGCAAUAUGCAGCAUGGAGUUUCCUUGCAAAGCCUUCUGGAGUUCUUUGUAUAUGGAGAACUGAGGCUGAGAAGUCAAUUUUAAGUGUGACAAGGAGAAGACAAGAGAAUGAUGGCUCGUUUAGAAAUUGUUUUUAUGCUUAAUGUCCGAUGUAAAUGCCAAAUCAUAUAGGAGAGCCGUGUGUGCUACCUCACAAACUAUUGCAAACUAUUCCAUGCUUUGGAUUCCAAAAACAACCAAAACCAGCUGCAUUCUGCUCCCUGCUAGUUCCCUGUUCCCAGGAAAUAAUCCUUUUUGCAGAGGUUCCCAUCUCCUUUCUCAGGUAAUGACAGACCAAAGAGUUUGUAGUCACUUCUGUCCCUGUUUCCUCAUCCAUUAGAAGCCCCCAGACAGCUGAAACCCACAGAGUUAUUUCUGUGCCCUUUUGACAUUGCUCAUAAAAGGAAUUACUCAAAAUGGAUUAAUGAUAUUAACAUUUGUAAAGUACCACAUUUUUAAGGUCUCUGUUGGAAUAUUCUGACCUUUUGUAACAGUGAAUGGUUAGAAAGCUUUGGACAAGAUUUUGUUUUUGAAUGGAAAAUUAAAAGCUUAACUAAUAACAGUC